AUGGCAGCCGAAGAAAAUGGUACCAAUCCCAUCAACACCGUCGUCGUUGGCCCAGACGAUGAUCCGCUGCGUGAUCCGACGCGAUGGGAGAAGUUUUGCCAACGGCAUGGCAUCAACCCGAACCUGAUCAUGCUGAAGAUAACGCUGUUCGUGAUGUAUGGUGCCACGUCGUCGCUGCUCCCGUACCUAACCAUCCACAUGCAGAGCACCGGCCUGACGGUAGAGGAAAUUGCAAUCAUCUACUUGGCACUGCCCUUCACAACGUUCCUGAGUCCGCCGAUCACGGGAUUCCUGGUGGACAAGUUCGGACGGUACAAGCCGGUUGUCAUCAUGAGUUUGCUUUUAAAUGCAUUAUUCCACCACUCGCUGCUGCUGAUCCCGCAGCAGGAAAUACCUGGCAAGGUACCGGAAGCGUACGUAAUGAGACAUCCCGGGACAGGAAACGUCGAGGUUUGGUGGUCACCAUGUCCAAGCCGCGAGUGCCCGGAAGAGGAGGAACUCGAUAUUGUCGUCGAUCAGUGUCUGGACCAUUGUCUGCUACAGGAGCAGAACCCGAAAAUAGAGCUCGCACCACCCCCAACAGAUCUGCCGCUAGCUGUAACUCCGAAUAGCGACGAACCGAACGACACGAAAGAUGAUCUGGAUCUGUUUGUGCGGAAUAAGGGCCCGGGAAAGCACAAGAACAAGACUGCCGACGUACUUAGCACCACCAGUGGCAGCAGUUCGAGCACUACCGAGCAGUACAUCGACAGUAGUGGUCCAUUUUGUCGAUUCCCAGAGGCGGUACUUAAGGAGGACCCGGGAGAUGAAUCGGAGGAGAGCGAAGAGGGCUGGGUGGUGGCAGGUAGUGGUGACUCCGCGUUCAUCGUCCUCGACAUGCACCCGGACCUGGGAGAACCGAUCGAGCAGCUGGGAAUGGAGAUUGAACACGACGACAACGCUACCGUGACUGACUUCAAGACGCGUUUUGGCAUAGGUCUUCUCUGGAAGCAGGGUGUCAACGUUACGGCUCUCGAGGAGGAAGAUCUUCGCUGUGGAGGACUCGUGCAGACGUCCAAUAUGACGCUUACCAGCAACAUCAAGCUGUCGGAAUGGGCUGCUGAUUGCAUGGUGCAACGAUGCCGUUUCCGUCGUAAUGGUCCCGAUAUCUGCCCACCUGACUACAAGGAGAGUGAUGACAAGAUCUUCUGGAUCUACUUCGCGCUACGAUUCCUGGCGACGACGAUGUUGUCGGCGGGUGUCACUAUUAUGGACCCGAUCGCGCUGACGAUGAUCGAGAAGUACGGUGGGGACUUUGGACGUGAGCGACUGUUCUCCAGCAUUGGAAUGGCCAUCUUCUCCCCGAUUACCGGAGUGCUAAUCGAUCUGUUCUCGAAGGACUUGGGCUAUACAGACUACUCGGCGGCGUUUUACACGUACGAUAUCCUGCUGAUCAUCUCCUCGGUCACGGUGUUCCUGAUGCCGCUAGGUGAGAAGUUACCGGCUGAUAAUGUGUUUAAGGACUUGCUGAACUUGCUCAAGCUGAAGCACGUCAUCAUCUUCAUUUGGUUCCUGUUCUUGCUGGGUAACUUCUGGGGUUUCAUCGAAAGCUUCCUGUUCCUGUACCUGAAGGAACUCGGCGCCCCUAAUUACCUAUUGGGCAUCACGAUAACAGUGGGGACGGUGAGCAGUAUUCCGUUCUUGUACGGUGCCGGGCGCAUCACCAAGAUAGUGGGACACGUGAACCUAAUCGUGAUCGCGUUCAUCGCACACGCCUGCCGUCUGGUGGGCUACUCCUUCAUCGAGAACGCCUGGUGGUGCUUCCCGUUCGAGGCGAUGGAGGCGUUGUCCUGUCACUUGAUGUGGGUCGCAGCGGCCACGUACUGUGCCCUGCUGGCUCCAAAGAGCCUGCUCGCCACGCUGAUCGGUGUGCUUGGGAUGGCGCAUUUCAGCCUGGGUCGUGGUAGUGGUUCCUUCUUCGGUGGGUUCCUGAUCGCGGAGGUGGGUACUCGCGAGGCGUUCCGGUACAUGGGUUUGGUAGCGGUGGCCGGUGGACUAGCGUACAAGUUCAUACACGCAAUCUGGCUGAGGAAGUACGACAAUCCGGACGCCGACGAUGAGGAGCUGGAAAAGGGCGAAACGGACAAGCUGUACGGUGAGGGUGACGAACCGAAGACGAAAGAUCAAGGCACCUCGAUGUCUCAAGAGCGGCUAUCACUCAUGAUAAAGUACAAUCAGAUAGGCAGCCUGACGUCUCUGCCGCGCGGCUCAAGGGGUGACGUGAACGAUGUCUUCGCCAAACGCCGCAGCAGCUACAACAUCGAAUUUGUGCGUGCCCAACGAGGUGGUGGCAGUGCGUCAAAGGUCGACCUCCUGAAGUCGGCGGUCGAUAUCAACCAUAAGGCGUCCCAUCCGCACCUGCGCAAGGAAGGCAAGGCGUCCGACCAGUCACUCAACUCGAAACGUGCCGACAGUGCGCCACGUUUGAACAAUCAAUCGAAAAACAUCUCCCAGCCGGCUCUUAGCGCAGUUGUGGACGAGGAUCUACCGGCGGCUGGGCUGUCGCGUCAUAGGAAAAAACACCAUCAGAGCGGUAUCCUGGUGGUGAAAGCUUGCAGCCAUGAUGGUGAUUUGGACCUGCGUAAUUAUUUGCGGGAAACGGAGCAACGUGAUUCAAUCACCGAAGGCGAAGAGGAAAAUUACAAACUGGAGCUCAGUAAGAAGGCAUCCCGCGGUCAUGUGCUGAAUGACAUACCCGAGCGAACGGUAGAACCGUCGGAUGCUGUUUCCACGGGUCUGCCAACAUCCCCAAUACCGAACGUGGCCGAAGCUGUGUCAACUCCCACGCCUAGCAUAGCGGAUGAUCAUACAAAAACCAAUGCUACAUGAUAGGCGGAUGUUCCGGAUUCUUGGGUGGCGAUAAUCCCCGACCGGGUGCUUUUGUUUCUCAUGUUUUGUUUGCUGUUUCCCAAGUAUUUCUUUAACACACACACAUCGCCACGCGGGAAUUGGGUUUGUUUUGUUUGUGCGUUUAUCUGCUCAAUUAUGAAAAAUAACUAUCGCAAGUAGCACACCAUAAGUACAAGAUGUAAGAGUGAAUAAAUAUGGCACAUUCCGUCAGGUGCCACUUCAUUCAAGUGCUUCGAAUUAUUGCCGAAGG